GCCGGCCAGCGCUCUGCCCAGCCUCCCUGGCCGGGGGUGGGGACCUGCGCGGGGCGGGCUGAGCCCCUGCGAGCCGGAGGAGCCGUGCUCCUCGCCCGUGCGCCGGCCCCUGCGCUGCUCGCUGCCCGGUGCGGGGGUGUCCCAUACCGCACCCCCCGUGCUGAGCCUGGGGCAGGGACGGGUGAGGAGAGGCUGAGGGCGCUGGGCUGCACCAGUCUGGAGAAGAGGCGACAAGGCAGGGAUUUAAUAGCAGCCUUCAGCCCCCUGCGGGGGGUGCAAAGGGACGGAGCUGGGCUGGUCUGAGUGGUGGCAGGUGACGGACAAGGAGCAAUGGGCUCUGGUUGGAGAUGGGGGAGUUGAGGUUGGAUAUUAAGAAAAACUCUGUCAGCAGGAGGGUGGUGAAGUGCUGGAACAGGUUCCCCAGAGAGGUGGUGGAGUCUCCAUCUUUGGAGAUGAAUUUCAAGAUCCAGCUAGACAAAGCCUUGGCUGGGAUGAUGUAGUUGGGGCUGGUCCUGCUUGGAGCAGGGGCUGGACUAGAUGUGACCUCCUGAGGUCCCCUCCCGCCCUCAUUUCUAUGAUCGGUGAUUCUAUGAAUGUCUUCAUUUCAUUUCAUUUCAUGCUGCACAAAAACCCUUCAGUUCUCCAUUGAUAAAUACAGUCGAGUAAGAAAAAGGCUGGAACCAGGGGGAUAUCCUCAAGGUUGUCGUCACCACAGCCAGUAAAGCAGCAGCUGUAGGAGGAGCCAGUCUGACGCUAGGAGGUCCUGGGGCAGAAGGUGAUGCAGACCAUGCAGCCCCCUUCUGAGACCGAGAUUCCCUCAGAGACCCUACAGCUGGCACUGGGGCAUGACUUCUCCACCCCAGAGACUUGGCGUAAACGCUUCCGGAGCCUCCGCUACCUGAAAGCCAAGGGGCCGUGGGAGGUUUGCAGCCUCCUGCAGGAGCUUGGUCGGCGCUGGCUAGAGCCCCAGCACCGCAGCAAGGAGCAAAUCCUGGAGCUGGUGGUGCUGGAGCAGUUCCUGGCCAUCCUGCCUCGGGAGAUGCAAAGCUGGGAGUGGGGACCUGGCGUGGAGACCUGUGCGGAAGCCUUGGCCCUGGCUGAGGGAUACCAGCUGCAGCAGAAGGAGGAUGAGAAGCUCCAGGUCACAGUGAGUGUAAAGGUCAAGGAAGUCUCAGAUAAGAUGCAGUCCACAGCAGCACUGCAGGAACCUGGUGCUUCCUGCCCGGAGCAACCAAAGACAUGUUGUGUGGAAAGGCUUCUGGAUGAGUCAGGAGAGAGGGAAACCACAGGGCCUGGGGACAAGCCACCUCAUGUCCGCAGAGAGGAGCCCCUGCCCCACCAAGAGCCAGAUUCCCUUGUAACCGAGGCGACCUGGGAGCCGUGGUACCCAAGACGAGGCCCUUUCCCUGGACCAGGUGCUGGGACCGUGAGGAUAGGUGAGCAGAAGCCUCCUGGAGAAGAGCCUAUAACCCUGGAGCUGCAGAGGACUUCCCCAGGGAGACUGGAGGAGAGGGGCUCCCUGACACCUGAGCCAGGCCAAGUACAGCUCCGGGCGGUGUUUGAGGCCGUGGCAGUGUAUUUCACGCGGAAGGAGUGGGAGCUGCUGGAAGAUGAAGACAAGCUGCUUUACCGGGACCAGAUGCUAAAGAUAUACCAAACCCUCGUUUCCCUGGGGUAUCAAGGUCCUACACCUGACUUAGUCUGCAGCAUCCAGCAAGGACAAGUGGAGCUCUGGGGCUGUGAUGAUGAGGAUGGUGGGGAAAUCUCAAGGUCCGAGGAUCUGCUGCCAGGUGGUGCCUGGCUGCUGAGCACAGCUGAGGAGCAGGCUCCUGCAGAAGGGUUUGUGAACCUGGAGCCCCCACGGACUUCCCCAGGGAGUUUGGGUGAGAUGGACUCCCUGAGACCUGAGAAGGAGCAAUGGCACAACAGUCAGCGGGUGCCCAAAAAGCAGAAGGAGAAUGUAGCAGUGAACCAGCACCAGCGCUUCCACCUGCGGAAGAAGACACACCGCUGCACCGAGUGCAAGAAGAUCUUCAGCUGCUGGCAAGACCUGUCCCAGCACCAAUGUGUGCAGAGUGGGGAGCAGCCACACCACGUCACCAAGUGUAGGAAGACUUUCAGGAAGACCUCCAAGCUGGGCAGACACUGGUGCAUGCACGCAAGGGAGAAGCCGCAUCAGUGCUUAGAUUGUGGGAAGAGCUUCAAUCUGUCCUCCAGCCUGACCAAACACCGGCUCAUACACACAGGGGAAAAGCCACAUCGAUGGUCAGAGUGUAGGAAGAGAUUCACCCGAUCCUCUGACCUGGCUGAGCACCAGCGUAUCCACACAGGGGAGAAGCCACAUCAGUGCUCUGUGUGUGGGAAGAGCUUCAUCUGGUCCUCCCACCUCACCCGGCACCAGCUUAUCCACACAGGGGAGAAGCCACAUCGGUGCUCACAGUGUGGGAAGACCUUCAACAGAUCCUCCAACCUGGCUGAGCACCAACGUAUCCACACAGGGGAGAAGCCACAUCAGUGCUGUGUGUGUGGGAAGAGCUUCACCCGAUCCUCCAAGCUGGCUGAGCACCAGCGUAUCCACACAGGCGAGAAACCGCAUCAGUGCUCUGUGUGUGGGAAGAGCUUCAGCCUAGCCUCCAACCUGACCAGACACCGACUUACCCACACAAGGGAAAAGCCACAUCAGUGUUCUGUGUGUGGGAAGAGCUUCACCCGAUCCUCCUGCCUGGCUGAGCACUACCUGCACCCUCUUCCUUUUUCCAACUUCCCCAACCCCAGUGGUUUCUGGAAGCUGCAGUCCAAACUCCCAAUGCGCACAUCUCUGCAGACUCCCCCGGUCAGUGUGUGUGAAGGUCGAGGAAGGUCGAGGACUGCAUCCUCAGACAAGAUGCAGUCCACAGCAGCAAUGCAAGACCCUGGUGAUUCCUGGCUGGAGCAACCACAAGCCCAUCGUGCGGACAGGCCUCUGGAGGAGUCAGGAGAGAGGCAAACCCCAGGGCCUGGGGACAAGCCACCUUGUGUCUGCAGAGAGGAGCCCCUGCCCCACCAGGAGUCAGAUUUCCCUGUAACCGAGGAGACCUGGGAGCAGUCAGCAGAUGAAAGCUCCUCAGGCUGGUGCCCCAGACGAGGCCCUUCUCCUGGAGCAGGUGCUGGGACCGUGAGGAUAGGUGAGCAGAAGCCUCCUGGAGAAGAGCCUAUAACCCUGGAGCUGCAGAGGACUUCCCCAGGGAGACUGGAGGAGAGGGGCUCCCUGACACCUGAGCCAGGCCAAGUACAGCUCCGGGCGGUGUUCGAGGCCGUGGCAGUGUAUUUCACGCGGAAGGAGUGGGAGCUGCUGGAAGAUGAAGACAAGCUGCUUUACCGGGACCAGAUGCUAAAGAUAUACCAAACCCUCGUUUCCCUGGGAUAUCGAGGUCCCACACCUGACUUAAUCUGCAGCAUCCAGCUAGGACAAGUGACACUCUGGCACUAUGAUGAUGAGGACAGUGGGGAAAACUCAAGGUCAGAGGAGCUACUUGCAGGAGAUGCCUGGCUUCUGAGCAGAGCUGAGGGCCCUGAGGUCCUAGAGAUGGACUCGCUGAGACCUGAGAAGGAGCAAUGGCACAAGAGUCAGGGCAGGCAUGAAAAGCAGGAGAAUAUAGCAGCAAACCAGCACUGGCGCAUCCACCUGGGGAGGAAGAUACACCACUGCACCGAGUGCAGGAAGAACUUCAGCUGCUGGCAAGACCUGUCCCAGCACCAGUGUGUGCAGCUGGGGGAGCAGCCACACCAUGUCAGCAAAUGUGGGAAGGGCUUUAGGAAGCCCUCUGAGCUGGCCAGUCACUGGUGCAUGCACACAAGGGAGAAGCCACAUCAGUGCUCAGAGUGUGGGAAGAGCUUCAGCCUGUCCUCCAGCCUGACCAGGCACUGGCUCAUCCACACAGGGGAGAAGCCACAUCAGUGCUGCGUGUGUGGGAAGAACUUCACCCGGUCCUCCCACCUGGCUGAGCACCAGCGUAUCCACACAGGGGAGAAGCCACAUUUGUGUUCUGUGUGUGGGAAGAGGUUCACCCUACCCUCCAACCUGGCCCGGCACCAGCUUAUCCACACAGGGGAAAAGCCAUAUCAGUGCUCUGUGUGUGAGAAAAGCUUCACUGGAUCGUCCCACCUGGCCCGGCACCAGCUUAUCCACACAGGGGAAAAGCCACAUCUGUGUUCUGUGUGUGGGAAGAGCUUCAACCAGUCCUCCAGCCUGGCUCAGCAUCAGCGUAUCCACACAGGGGAGAAGCCACAUUUGUGCUCUGUAUGUGGGAAGAGCUUCACCCUACCCUCCAACCUGGCCCAGCACCAGCGUAUCCACACAGGGGAGAAGCCACAUCAGUGUUCUGCUUGUGGGAAGAGCUUCACUGGAUCCUCCCACCUGGCCCGGCACCAGCUAAUCCACACAGGGGAGAAGCCACAUCGGUGCUCAGACUGUGGGAAAAGCUUCACCCGAUCCUAUGACCUGGCUCAGCACCAACGUAUCCACACAGGAGAGAAGCCACAUCAGUGCUGUGUGUGUGGGAAGAGCUUCACCCAAUCCUCCGCCCUGGCUCAGCAUCAGCGUAUCCACACAGUGGGGAAGCCACACGAGUGCUCUGUGUUUGGGAAGAGCUUCAACCAGUCCUCUAAGCUGGCCAGUCACCAGCUCUGUGAAAAAAACAACCCUUCGCCUGGCUUCCUGGUCUGAGACAGCCCAGUCCCUGCAGGCUUUUGAUUUAGCUCUACCUGGUCACCUAGGCAACUGGGCUAUAAAAAUUCCUAAGGGAGGGGGAGCUCACUCUUCCUUUGUCCUGUAGUAGGCAUUUUUGGGAAGGAGAGGCAGUCAUUUUGGGGACUCAGCCAAGCUUGGACCUCUGGAGAGCCACACUAGAUGACUAUACUGUGAGUAGAUAUGGGAACAUAGCCAGGGUAUUAGUAUAUUAGGAUUAAGUGAUUUUAGAGGUAAAAGGGCCACAAGUCCAUUUUUGUAUGACCCAAUGUAUUAGAGAUUGCUCAAGGUAUUUUUUUUUCUCUUAAACUUCCUCUCUUCUCUACCGUCCCCCUUCCCCACCCCCUCUCCCUCUCUGAUCAAUAAGAACUAUCUGUUACAGUGUUCCUGCUGUGAAUCUCCGAGGGGGAGAUGGAAGAGACAAGCCUUUAUAGCUCCCAUUGCUAGGCUAGCUAAGGUGGGCUUGGCUUUUUACUUUUCUCUGGUACAGGAGGCUACUUUUGAAUGGUUCAGGCUAAAAGGAGCACUCGGCAAUACUCCCGGUGGGCAAAGCACCCUCAAGGUCUGAAGGGUCUGUGUACCCCAGGCUGCACAGAGCCCUAACAGACCAGUGCCCGGGUGGUGGCAGCAUUACCCCAGGCUUGUGGAAGGUCUCCAGGAAAGGGGACAGCUGGACGCAACCUACCCUUCCCUAACUGGCUACCAGGGACAGGUCACACAACCCGUGCAUUUGUACUAUGAUCAUGGUUUUUGGCCCAGGUGGUUUUACUUACCUGGCAGGGGAGAUGCCCUUCUUCUCAGCUUUGAAUGCCUUGAUAUAGUCAGAGGGUGAAUGCCUGUCCCCUGCACUUUGCUCAGGCUGGCCCCCACGAGAGCCUACCAAUGCCUCCAAAUGCAAGGAUCUCAUCUGUUCAAUUAAUGGUGAUGGCAGAUUUCUCCUGGGCAUUCCCUCUCAUUUGCUCCUUCACCUUUUGUCUUGUGCCAAAUUAGACUUGGGGGCAUCUGAAGCCCAAGGUCUCUGGGCUUGGGGCUUGCAUAUAGGUUGCCUGCCAUGGAUCUGGGGGUGUCUGAAGCCCCAGACUGAAGAGUCUGGAGGGGAGGAGACUCGCCGGUGGUUGCACGACACAGACUUGAACAGUUGAGUUCUGCUCAGUCGAUAGAAUUUGGAAUGAAUUUGGCUCAUUUGGCCCAAGACAUGAAAUUUAAAAAAAGAAAAAAAAGUCCCCCCCCACCCUCCCGCCAGUUCUUCUCUCUCUCUGCUGAGAUGAUCAUCUCCACUUGUUUCUUUUGAAAAGUUUACACACCUUCACUUUGCUUUCUUGUGAUCUCUGUCUCCCUCUCUAUCUUCUUUCUUUUUACAUUGAUCCUCAAGUUUUUCAGCUGCUGUUUUUUUUAGUUUUUUCUUUGAAUCAGCAUCUUUUCACUCAUUAUUUGGGGGAGGAGGGGGGUUCUUCCUUUCUUAUCAGUUCAUCUAGUGGCCAUGAGGCCCCUUUCUUCCAGACUGCUUUUCAGCACCUUAGCUUAUUAUAAUUUAGUGUGACUACAGUAUAGAAUAACCAGUACUCCUAAAGCAGUCAUCAGCAGCUAAAAGUCUAACUGGGAGGAGGUAUCAAGUGGGGCUUCCCAGGAAUGUGUCUUCUUCAGUAUUUUUAUUAAUGCUUUGGAUUACAGAACUGAAAGCAUGCUUAGCAAAAUUGAUUGCCUUGGACAGUAAGACUAGGAUCCAGAAUAACCUUAAUAAACUUGAGAAAUUGACCAAAGUUAAUGAAAUGUGAUUCAAUAAAUCCUGAACUUGGACAGAACAGUCUCAUGCACCAGUACAGACUGGCCAGGCUGCAGGACUGCAGACAAGGAUCUGGGGAUUUUAACUAACCAUAAACUGAAUAUGAGCCAGCAGCAUUUUCUUGCUGCCAUAGGUGAAGAGAGUGACAGUCAAUGGAACUGAGUCAACAUGGUGCAUGGUGACCAGUGGCAUCCCCCAGGGCUUAGUACUUGGACCAGUACUAGUUAAUAUGUUUAUAAAUAAUCUGAAUUCAGGUAUCAGAAGCAGACUGCCUAAGUUCACAGAUGACACCAAAUUAUGGGUAAGCAUGGUCACUCUGGUCUAGAGGAUAGGCUGAUGAUUCAGGCUGACCUAGACAGGCUCACAAGGUGGGAAGUUCAAAACCUGGAGAUGACAUUCAACACAGAGAAAUGCAAGGGGCUCCACCUUGGGAGAAAAAACCCACAUUAUACUUCUAGGGUUGGCAGUGCUACAUGCACUAGCACCACGACCGAAAGAGACUUGGGAGUCACGACUGACCACAAGAUGAACAUGAGCUACCAAUGCACUACUGUGAGCUACCAAUGUCACAACUGGCAAAGCUAAUCAAACUCUGGCUUGCAUCUAGUGAUGCAUCUCAACCAAGACCCAAGAAGUUAUCCUCUUGCUUUACUUGGCUUUGGUGAGGCCGCAGCUGGAGUACUACAUCCAAUACUGGGCAUUGCACUUUAGAAAGGACAUGGAGAAGCUUGAGAGAGUCCAGAGGAGAGCCAUACAUGCAUCAUUGCAGGUCAGGAGAGCAGGCCUUAUGAGGAGAGGCUGAGGGACAUGGGACUCUUUAGUCUGGAGGAGCGAAGGCUCAGGGGUGACUUGGUGGCAGCCUAUAUAUAAGCAGGGUGCAUCAGGAACUGGGAGAACAUCUGUUCACCAGGGCACCCCAAGGGAAGACAAGGUCUAAUGGCCCAAACUGCUGGAAGACCAUUUUAGACUGGAUGUAAGGAAAAAUUUCUUUACUGUUUGAGUCUCUGGAGUCUGAGUCUCCAUAGCCGAGGGCUGGGAGGCCUGUCCCAACUAGGGCCCUUUGGGGGUCUCUGUACAGCCCCAGCCUCUGUGCCCCUGCGCUUUUCUGGCUGGUUCUUGGAAGACCAUUUUAGAUGGGACACAAUGAAAAACUUCUUUACCAUCUGAGUCCCCAGAGUCUGGAACAGACUCACCCUAGAAGUGGUGCAAGCACCUACUUUGGAUACCUUAUAGAUAUGCUUGGAUGCCUAUCUUGCUGGGGUGAUCUGACCCCGGCUGACUUCCUGCACCUUGGGCAGGGGGCUGGAUUCAAUGAUCUUGCGAGGUCCCUUCCAGCUCUAAUAUCUAUGAAAUCUAUGGAUGUCCCUGUCCUGGCUCUCUGCAAACCUUGGGGGUGGGGAAUGUCCCCUUCUUUGGCUCUUUGUGUGGUACCAAGAGCUGGCCCUGGGGAUAUAGACUGCCUUUGUGGCCACCUUUGUUUCUUCCCCAAAAACUCUGCUCUGUGACAAUGUGAUUAGGAUGGGCCCAGCAGAGGAGACACACAUUUACCCUAUCUGUUUGGGUAGCCUGAGCUGGAUACAUUCCUGAGGGAGGGGGGAAACCUGCUCCCUCUGCCUAUGUGACUAGUAUCACCUACUUGGGUGAGGGGCUUCCUUCCUGGAGGGCUAGAGUCUGCCCAGCAACUAGUGAUGUAUUUCAAAUCGGUUGGCUGACAGCCAACAGGUGCUGGCCUCCAUUGGACCAGGUAAAUGAGGUCACAAGGGCUAUAUAAGUUAAGGACUGCCCAGGAGGAGGGGGCAGCAGCCAUGAGGGAUACUCAGAGACAGAGAAGAGCUGUACCAUCUGAAACUUGCUCUCUCUCAAAACUCAUAAUCAAGGAACCAGCUGCCUCCAGAGGGAAUCUCUACCUGCCUCGGGAUGCUACUUGUGAGUAAGCUACCUGAGAUCCACCUAGACAUAUAGCUUGCAGUAACUCAGAUGCGUGAUCGAAGGCUACCCAGCCAGGGGAGUUUGCUGUAUGGGAUUUCUCUGAUAUUGCUCUACCCUGUACCCUAGUCUCACCCUAACCUCCGUAACCAAUAAAGGUCUUUGUACCUAG